AUGGCGCAUCCCGUCGACGCCGCGCCUGCCCAGCCGCAUCACUUCUACCUUGAAGUAUUCCUCGGGUAUGGUUAUGUGCUGUCGUCGCUCUGUUUGAGCUUUUAUUAUUUGCAUUUAUUGGCCCCGUAUUUGGCCAAUGACGCUCGCCUAACAAAUUUCAAUCAGUCGGGCGCGCAGUCGUUUCUUAUCGACGCCAUCAACCGCGAGCUCGAACAUCCUCGCCUUGACGUAUCUAUCUGGAACAUUACAUCCACGUCCAUCGCCAAAGACUACAGCACACCGAACACCCCGCUGCUCAUCCCGGCAGGGUAUGCACGGCGCGCGCUUUUGGACGACACCCGGAUCGAAGCGGUCAUCCGUCGGUCGCUGCAAGCGUCGGCGAAUACGCUGUCGAGGCUCCCGACCCAGCAAGAACGCUGUGUGGAGCGAGACAGCGAUAAUGCUGCCGUAUACCUCGAGUCGACCCUUCGAUUGGCGAACUGGGACGGCUGGGUGGCGUUCCAUGGCGGUGGGUUUGUACCCGCCAUUGUGUCUGGAAUGACUCCACGGGAGAAUGGCCAGUUAUGGCUUGGGCAGGUUGCCGCCACUAUUGUCACUGACGCGGAUAUGGAAAGUGCGGUUUGGAGGCUACACAACCUGACACGGUAUGUGUUGCAGUGGCAAAACUACCAGCAGGACGGCCUCGUCGAGUAUGUGGCAGUGUCGAACGGGUACGUGUCGGUGGUGCUCGCUGGCCUCGCCCUCAUCCUCGCAGUAUACAGCGUCAUGAACCGGUGGUCAGUUAUCGGCCGUAACCUGUUGCGCUUCAACCGCGUCGCAGGGUGCGUGUGGAUCGGUCGGCCGUUGCUUCUCGCGCGAGGCAUAUCAGCGAUCCUGCUGCUGAGUCGAGACACGUUGGACCUUUAA